ACCCCGUCGGGGAUGGGGAGCUGCAGUUCUGGGCGGUUCAGACGCUCUGUUUAUGACUGAAAGAGCUGCCAAAAGAAAAAAAAAAAUCUGGGGAAAAAAAAAAAGAUCCCGUUCUCAUCCGUUCUCAUUCUCCACGAGGAAGCGGGCGAGAAGGAUCGGGAGGAGUUCGAUUCCUGUCGCUGUCGGGCAGCCCCGGCCCCCGGCGCAGCUCUGAGCGGGGCCGCAGCCCGGGCUUGUGGGGAGUAGCGGGGCUGCCGGCUCUGCGCCUUCUGGAAAGUUCACGUCGCCAGAGAGACGUCACGGGGCUAAAAAGAGAAAGUAACGCCGGGUUUGUGCCGUACUCUGCUGGCGAUGCGUGCGAUGGAAGCUAGGCAAGAGGUGGAAGAGAGCUGCAAAUGAGUGUCGGCUGCAGGGAGUGUUGCCCAGUGAGGGCAGCUGGGGUUCUGUUGGCCCCGACUUUCCCCAGCUGGAGGAGCAGUGAAUCAGCACUUGCCCUGUGCAGGCUCCUGUAGCGCACGUCCAUGAGUGCGGUGUGUGCAUGGCACUGGGUUCGCACAAUCACAGAACGGGUUGGAAGGGACCUCAAGGACCACGAAUUUCCAACUCCCCUGCCACAAACAGGGCCACCAACCUCCACAUUUAAUACUAGACCAUGCUGCCCAGGGCCCCAUCCAAACUUGAACACCUCCAGGGAUGGGCACAGUGUUCUGUAAGGCUCUUUAGAAUUUGCAGCUGUAGAAUAGGGUGAAGAAAAAUGUGAGCGUUGUGGCAUUGUCUGGUAAAUGUGAGUAGACACAGCUGUCCUGUGACUGAGCGUUAAGGUGUCUGAGGGCACUGGGCAAGUGGGUAGAGUGGCUUGGGGAUUUAUUUGGCUGUGAUGUUUCUUUGUGGCUUCCUUCUGCAGCCAAACCCCUGAAAACUCAUUAAGAGGAGCCAUGCUGCCCAUGGUCCCUGGUGUCAGGUGGAGCCCAAAGUGAGCAGGCGUAGUGUGGGCGAAGUGCCGGCAGCUGGAGAUGGGCUCCUCGCUGCUGGAGCUCUGCAGGGACUGCUGGGAUCACGUGGGCUGCAGAGCAGAUAAAUGCUCCCCGUGUUGUGCGUGGGAUGGGCUUGUCCUGUUACUUCAUCGCGCACCUGGAAAAGCCAACUGUGUGUGUGUCUGCUGAGGGCUUCGUGUCAAAAUACAGAGUUCUGUUGACCAACUUGUCUCCCUGAGCGUGUUGGCUGCUGUGUGUGACACCAGUCAGGCAGUGUGAGGGGAUGUGGUCAGCAGGGCUGACCCUGGGCUGGCACGACUGUGCUGAGCAAAGCAUCCACAGGGCUGUUCUGGGAGCUGUACUGCUUUUCUUCCUAGGCAAAACCUGCUGCUGUUGCACCCAUCCUCGGUUUGUGCUGUGAGCAGCAGAGAAAAAUACUGAUCAGGCUGCAUCUGUGCGUGCGUUGAAGACUGUAGUUUACAUCUUCAGUGCAGUAUCAUCUAAUUUAGAUCUGGUUGAAGGAUGGCAGUGCUAAAACAUUACCAUGCCACGCUUAGUAAUUGUAGCAGGCUUUGCCUGCCACCUUGGGAACUGUGCUUCCUAAAUACACUCCUGGGAAUUUGCCCCUUUAGCUGGUACACAUGGGGCCAAUUAUGACACAAUUAAGCUAUUUUGGAGCUGAUACUCAUUUCUGGGAGAGUUUCACUAACCCACGAAGGAGUGAACUAUCUGCUUAGCGCUCCUCCUGUGCAGUGACCAGCUUGUUUGCUUUAAAACAUUUUUCUUUGACACAGUCUCUUGUUUUUAAUUUGGUUUUGUUCUCUGGCUUUCAACAUCUAAGUAAUCAUUGCUGUGAUACAAACUGCAGAUAGCUUGUUUCAUGCAACGUAUGUGUUACAACUUUCUGGGGAUUGACUGCACGGAGCUGUGUCCACGGUUGGUUAUUUAUGAUUGUGCUGAGGUUUGUGGCAGCUCUAGCUCUGUGCUACUGGCACGUCCCACGUGUAACCCCACGCCAGACGUGCUGCAUGGUCCGAAGUGCACCACGUUUCUUUCCAGUCCAAGUGGAGAGGGCAGACAGUGUGUGUGUAGUGGAAAGUUUGAGCUACAGCAAACUUAGCAAAAACAUUCUGCUGCUGUUUGCCUUUGUCCUCGCCCUGUGGCAGCAGGGUGGGUGGUCAUGUGCCUGCAGUGUGCAGGAGGAGCAGAGGGAUGUGCAGUGCAGGAGGGAGCUGGGAGCUGCUCUGCCUCUGUUUGCAUCUCUGCCAGUGAGGGCUGGGCUGGCUUCCCUUCUUAUGGGGAAGGCACAAGAAAGAGCAGAGUUAUGGUGUCAAGUUGUUCAUUACUAAAGUGGCCAACUGCUGUGAUGUGUGCAGGGCUGCUGGUUUCCUGUUUUAUUUUUGCUGUUUGGUAUCACUGCAAAGAGGUGCCCAAAUUCCCCUUUGGUCUGGUUGUGGUGCCUUGUAGGCAGGAGGCCGCAGGCUGCUGGCUCCCUGCUAUGUCUGCAGCCGUAGGGAACACUGGAAAACACCAUCAGCGUGGCUGUUGUGAGCUGGGCUAACUGCAGGGCUGCUCUGUGGAUGUACAGUGUGCAGCAGCUGCCACCCCUUGGCUGUGUCUGUGCAGCUGCCUGGCAGUGCUCACGCUUCUGCACCUCCUGCUCUGCCUCAGGGCUGGGGAGAAAUGCCCAGGGGAAGUGGGCUUGUUGGAGUUGUGAUUUACCUUUCUAAUGCAAACUUAAAACAAACAAACAAAACCCAACAAACACACAAAGAAAACAAAACAAAGACAAAAGCAUACAGCACAUGAACAGGCUGUCACAGGGUGGAUGAGUAAGGAUUUACACACAGGGUGUUACAUUUUCUGAUGGUUGUGCCCAUGCAGUCUGUAGAAGGCCUUGUGUAUGUGUGUGACCCUCAUAGCGCACUGGAGCAGCAGUUCCCAGCGGACAGGCAGGUGGUGAGGGUCCUUCUGUGCCUCUUCCAUGAGCCUGUGGUGCUGGGCUGCUUCUCCACAAGUCUGCCUGGGAAAGUUGGAAUCUCAGCAGACCCAAGAAGUGCUCAGCCACACGUAUUUCCUGGUGCAUUCCUCAGCUCAGUUGGUGGCGUGCAGUUUCUGUAGGGCAGUGCAGAAGAGGACAGGUUGUGGAGAGCUCUGGUACAUCCUGGUCUGAAAGCAUUCAGUUUUAGUGCAGCACAGAUGCAGGGUCAAACCUUGCUGUAACGCGGCCUUUAUGCACUCAGAUAGAAAGAGUCUAAUUGAAGAAGAUUGUUUCAUGCUAUUGUGGUGGUGCUUUCUGCAUAACUCCUGCUUUCCUGAGCUGCUGCUGCUACAGGGAGUACGAAGCGCGGUUGGAGCGAUACAGCGAGCGAAUAUGGACGUGCAAGAGCACAGGAAGCAGCCAGCUGACACACAAAGAGGCCUGGGAGGAGGAGCAGGAAGUUGCUGAGCUCUUGAAGGAGGAGUUCCCCAUCUGGUAUGAGAAACCGGUGCUGGAAAUAGUUCACCACAACACAGUAUCUUUGGAAAAGUUGGUGGAUGCAGCUUGGGUGGAGAUCAUGACCAAAUUUGCAGUGGGAGAGGAGUGUGAUCUUGAGGUUGGUAAGGAGAAAAUGCUGCCUGUGAAAGUUGUGAAAACACAUCCCCUGGAGAAAGUUGAUGAAGAGGCCUCUGAAAAGAAAUCUGAAGGAGCCUGUGAUUCCCCAUCCAGUGAUAAAGAGAAUUCCAGCCAGGCAGCCCAGGACAAUCAGAAGGAGUCUAUCUUGAAGGAGGAAGACAACAGGAAGGAAAGUAUGAAUGAUCGAGCACGUAGGUCUCCUCGGAAACUUCCUACUUCUUUGAAAAAGGAAGAAAGAAAGUGGGUUCCACCAAAAUUCCUGCCCCACAAAUAUGAUGUCAAGCUGAAAAACGAAGACAAGAUCAUCAGCAACGUGCCAGCAGAUAGCUUGGUCCGUACGGAGCGUCCUCCCAACAAGGAGAUCCUGAGGUACUUCAUCCGGCACAACGCGCUGCGGGCUGGCAUUGGUGAGAAUGCGCCGUGGGUGGUGGAGGAUGAGUUGGUGAAGAAAUAUUCUCUCCCCAGUAAAUUUAGUGACUUCUUGCUUGACCCGCAUAAGUAUAUGACUCUCAAUCCCUCAACCAAGAGGAAGAGCUCUGGAUCGCCUGACAGAAAACCUUCCAAGAAAUCCAAAACUGAUGGAUCAUCUUUGAGUCAGCCACUGAGCCCUACCUUGUGGUGUCACGUACAUUUGGAGAAAUCUAUUAUUGGCUCCCCACUGAAGAUGAAAAACUCUAAGAUCUCAAAGUGCCCUAAAGAGGAAUUGGAAGAGAUGAUGAAAAUCAUGUCGCCUGGUAAACUUGAUUCUGACUUUCACAUUCCAAAGAGGAACCGACUGGGAAAGGGCAGCAACAAAUCCUUGGACAAAAAGCAGAGAGGCAAAAGGGUUUUAAAUGGGCAGAAAACAUCUGGGAAAUCAAAGUCUCCUGGGAAAGGCUUGAAGACCCCUAAGAUGAAAAUGAAACAAAUGACGCUCCUGGACAUGGCUAAAGGUACUACUAAGGUGUCCAGGACUCCCAGGAGCUCUGGAGGCACCCCUCGGUCUUCCAGCAAACCCCAGAAGCUGCCUCCUGCAGCACUGCAUCUAAUUGCCUACUACAAAGAAAACAAAGAUCGUGAAGACAAAAAAAGUGCGCUCUCCUGCAUCAUCUCCAAAACAGCCAGGCUGCUCUCAAACGAGGAUCGCGCCCGUCUCCCUGAGGAUUUACGAGGACUGGUACAGAAGCGCUAUGAGCUUCUAGAGCACAGGAAGAAGUUGGCCACCAUGACAGAGGAGCAGCGGAAGGAGUAUCUGAAGAAGAAAAGGGAAAAGCUGAAAGAGAAACUGAAGGAGAGAGCGAAAGAGCGUAAGGAGAAGGAGAUGAAGGAAAAACUGGAAAAAAACAAAAGAUUUGAGGACCAAGAUCUCAAGGGGAAGAACUUGCCCACAUUUAAACUGGUUGAUACUCCAGAAGGGCUUCCUAAUACGCUCUUUGGGGAUGUUGCCAUGGUGGUGGAAUUCCUGAGCUGUUACUCAGGAUUACUGAUGCCAGAUGCUCAGUAUCCCAUUACAGCAGUCUCCUUGAUGGAAGCGCUCUGUGCAGAAAAGGGAGGCUUCCUUUACUUGAACCGGGUACUUGUCAUUCUUCUGCAGACCCUGCUGCAGGAUGAAAUUGCUGAAGAUUAUGCUGAGCUCGGGAUGAAGCUCUCUGAAAUACCACUUACGUUGCAUUCUGCAUCUGAGUUGGUCCGCCUGUGCUUACGCAAGUCGGAUGUACAGGAGGAAAGUGAGGUCUCAGAUAAUGUGGAUGAAAGCAAGGAUUCGGCGACUUUUGAAGAUAAUGAAGUACAAGAUGAGUUUUUGGAGAAGCUGGAGACGUCGGAGUUCUUUGAGUUGACUCCUGAAGAGAAAUUACAGAUACUCGGGGCACUCUGCCACCGGAUCCUGAUGACCUACUCGGUGCAGGAUCACGUAGAGGCCAAGCAGCAGGCCUCAGCUGAGCUGUGGAAGGAGCGGCUCGCUAUCCUGAAGGAGGAGAACGACAAGAAGAGAGCAGAAAAACAGAAGCGGAAAGAAAUGGUGGCCAAGAACAAGGAGAAUGGGAAAGAUGAAAAUACAGUGGGGAGAAAUGAGAAGAAAAAAAAUGAGAUUGUGAAAAUUGAGCACCGGGUAGAAUUAGAAGCUGAUGAUAUGAUCAGUGCUGUGAAAAGCAGACGCCUUCUUGCUAUCCAAGCCAAGAAAGAAAGGGAGCAACAAGAAAGGCAAAUGAGAGUGAGAAUGGAGAAGGAAGCAGAGGAAGAAAGAAUCCGGAAGCAUAAAGCUGCAGCUGAGAAGAUGUUCCAGGAUGGGAUUGCCAAAGCCAAGCUUGUGAUGCGCAGAACCCCAGUUGGCACUGACCGCAAUCACAACAGGUAUUGGCUGUUCUCGGAUGAGGUCCCUGGCUUGUUCAUUGAGAAAGGUUGGGUACAUGACAGUAUAGACUACAGAUUCAUCCUUCCUCAUCAGAAAAAAGAAGAAGCCAGAAAAGACUACAGCUUAGGAGACAAGCGGAAGAGCACAGCCGCCGAUGGCAGAAUGAGUGCGCUUCACAGGUCUGCAUGUGCUGCAGACCUCCCUGCAGAGACCACUGCGCCCAAGCAGGGACAGAACUUAUGGUAAUAUGUGCUUUAUAGCUGCAAAAUACUCAAAGCGUAGAGGUCAAGGAAACUGUAUGGAGAAGUCACUUAAUAGGUCCUACUAUGUACCCAGUCCUCUUCCAGUAUUUAACUGCUGAAUUAGUUUAUAGGCCUGCCAGACCUCUGAUAGUACUAGCAGCGAACAGUGAAUGGCAGCUGAUCCAAGGGACUGUAGAAACAUUCUGUUUAAUCAAACUUAAAGCCAAUCUAAAUUAACACUCCUUUGUUGUGUCAAUUUUAUGUAUUUUAUAAUCAGGAGAAUUGUUAUUUGAAAAGAUUUGCUGUGUUUUUUGUUAAUUCUAUUUUCAGUAUUGGCAAGUUGUAUUUUUGAACAAGAAUCUGGGGGAGCAGUGACUUAUCUGAUUGUCUAGGCUUUUGCUCAUGGCUCAUCUUAACAGGCUUGAACUGUGGCUCAUGGAGUCCUUCAGCACAUGAAAUAGCUGUUAUACAGCUGUGCAUAUUGCUAUCUUUGGAGCCAUGCGUAUAGGCUGCUUGUUCUUGUAUCAUGUAAGAUGUGCAGAGCAGUCCCCCAGCUCCUUCUUUCUUACUAGGUUUCAUAGCAAGCUGGGAGUCUGCGUUUCUUCUCCUAUAACACCACUAUGUGGAAUUGUUUUUUGUUGCUACUGAUGAUUAUUACAGCUUAGCAAAAUAUUCUUA